ACGGGCAAUGUUCCUUUUGAUUGUAACGAAUAUUAACGAAUUGUGGUUAUUUUACUUAAAGAUUUUAUUUAUUAUUCUAAUUUAUUGUGCAAUUUAGAACCUAAUUUAUUAUUGAAAACUUUAUAUUAUUGUUUAUUAUUUAAUUGUAUCCCUUCACUGGUGAAGGAAAUUUCUAAUAAGAGGAAUAUAUGGAGAAAAAUGCUAAGUCAAGAAUGGAAGAAGAAGGAACAAAAUCAUAUCUGCAAGUUCAAAUAGAAAGAUUAAAAGCUUUACAAGCAAAACUUUCGUCUGGAGCAGAAGAUAAUUACGUUAUUGUAAAAGAAGAACAACGUAGCGGGUAUGAUUCAGAGUCGAGCGAGUAUUCAGAGGACUCGGCGGCAUACGAAGAUGUGCCGGCUGCAACCAAAAGCUCUGGGCCGAGGAAGAAUAUCAAUAGGGGAAGGUGGACGAAGGAUGAGGACAAAGUCCUCAAGAUGUACGUGAAGAUGUACAACGAGAACUGGGAGCUGAUAGCCGCUCAGUUCUCAGAUAGGUCGGACGUCCAGUGCCAACAGAGGUGGACGAAGGUCGUCAACCCUGAACUAGUCAAAGGCCCUUGGACGAAAGAGGAGGAUGAGAAAGUUAUGGAGUUAGUUGCUAAGUACGGUCCUAAGAAAUGGACACUGAUCGCGAGACAUCUUAAAGGCAGGAUAGGGAAACAGUGCAGAGAACGCUGGCACAAUCACCUCAACCCUUCUAUUAAAAAGACAGCUUGGACGGAACAUGAAGACAGAAUCAUAUACCAAGCUCACAAACAACUUGGCAACCAAUGGGCCAAGAUAGCAAAGUUACUGCCGGGCAGGACGGAUAACGCAAUAAAAAACCAUUGGAAUUCAACAAUGCGACGCAAGUACGAACCGGAACUGCUGGACAGCUUCGAGAACAUUCGGAAGAAGCAACGCUUGAAGAGAUACGAUGUAAACGAAGAACGUAGAGAGAAAGUCACUGUCGCUUAUAAUGACUCUAAUUGGACCGAUCCAUUCAACGAGUCAACACAAAGCAACUCUUCCAACACAAGUCAACCUUCAAAACAGGUGUUACACUUCAGACAGCUAUUGAAGGACCAGCUGAGCAACCUACAGCAACAGACACCAUCAAGGAAAUCUCCAGACAGAGGGGGUUUGGUCGCUGCAGAUACAGUGGAAAUUGUUGAAUCACCUUUCAAAUUUGUAAACAUAGACACGCUACCAAUAAACUCUCCCAUUAAGAACUUCUUAAGUCAAACAUCGACAGCUGAUAGCAAUGAUCAAAACACAGUGACAUAUGCUGUUCAAGAGUCGGCAAAGGAAAUAGUUGUACCAUCGGUGUAUUCUCCUAAGAAGUGCGACACGAACAGUCCGCCGCCUAUAUUGAGACGAGGGAAGAUUAAGAAACAACAGACACUUACACCUAAUCCUAAUACAUGGGCCGAAACAAUAUCGAAAGCUCUAGAAGGUGCGACUCCAAUCAAAGCUUUACCGUUCAGUCCCUCUCAGUUCCUGAACUCACCGGCCGGAUUAUCGUUUCCUGCUUUUGAUUCUACACCUUUGCGACAUGCUACCAAUAAGGAGUUGGGAGCUAGUCCGCUACUCCAUACACCUACACCUGUGAACAUCACUCCUGGAGGCAGUCAGCUUAAAAGCAAUACACCGAAAACACCUACACCAUUUAAAAUCGCGAUGGCGGAAAUAGGCAAGAAGUCAGGUCUUAAAUACGAGCCUUCUAGUCCCGGUCUGCUCGUAGAGGACAUCACCGAGAUGAUUCAGAGAGAGGGGAAUUCAGAAAGCACGGUUCAGUUGAACGAUUCCAUGUUAUCUUCUACUGCGGAUCAAGAAGCAAAUGUACAGGUGAACGACUCGGGCAUCGGCAGCGGGCGGCGCGGCAAGGAGAACGUGCCGGCGCACAAGCGCGCGCGCAAGGCGCUGGCGCACAGCUGGGGCGCCACCAGCACGCCGCACGCGCACCUGGCGCUCGUGCCCGACGUGUCCUUCAUCGUCGAGACGCCGAGCAAAACAUUAGCCGGUGACAGUUCAGUUCUCUUCUCUCCACCAUCGAUAGUAAAACACUCCCUUCUAGAAGAGUCCACGAGUCUCCACAGCUUAAUGAGUGCAGAGAACACUCCGGAACCAAUGAAAUACGAAGAAAUCGACAUUGAAACGGCUAUCACAGAAAAAACUAAGAUUCGAAGGCUUUCAACUGAACCGUUGGUCGUGAAGAAGUCAGCGGUACGUUCUAUCAAAUUCGACCAAGAUAUACCGGACGGUGCGAACGAGGAGAAACCUCUCAUAUUGACCGACAAUAAAUGGGAGACAUUCGCGUGCGGUAAGACACAGGAUCAACUUGAUUUAACAAUGUUGGCUCAUCAAUAUUUAAGGAAAACUGCAUUAAAACCACGUUCCCUCAAUUUUUAACGUACAAUCAGGUACAAAAAUGAUAAACGUCAAAUUAAAACAGUCAAUAUAGAACCUUAUUAGUUUAAAAUAAGAAUUACAAUCCAAUAAAAAUACGGCAUUUUGUUUGAACUCUUGGAAUGUUAAUCUACAUAUCGAAAGAAAACUAUUAUUAAUAUAAAAUCAGGCUGUACUUGAUAUAGACAAUAGUUAUUAGAUUGAAAGUGUUACAUUUAAAGUAAUUUGUUUUGUGAUUUGUUAUUUAAGUUACAAUAAUAUUAUUUUUUGAACAACGUUGCGUCAAAAUGUCAAAGAAUAUUAUAAGAAAAGACUAUCAGUUUCUUUUAAAAAGUCCGUUUAAUUUGGUCAAAAAAGUAUCAAUUCAAUUAUUCUAAACAAAUUUUAAUUUUAUUAAAGAAAGCCAACAGAAAUAUAAAGAUUGUAUUAAAAAUCAUAAUUCAUUUUGGGAAGAUGUUGAGAAAUUAUAUAUAUACAGGACGGAAGUUUAAGAUAAGGCAAGGACUACACGGUUUAAACCGUGUCUGAAUGACCAUGAAUUUGCUUAAACACAAUCUGCAGGUUCUUAUUUUGAAAUGUUAUUUUUCAAAACUUACAAUUAAUCAAUAAUUAUUAAAUAUACAGUGAAAUCAUUACAAUCUUUUUGCCGUUUGUCUUGCUGACCGUACUUUUUUCUCAACGUCAACGAAUGAUAAUUGAACGUAUUCAAAAUUAUUGCUCUUACAACGUCUUUUGUUGGUUUAGUGUAUAAAUAGCUAUUUCAAAUGUUCAUUCUGGAUUUAAAAAACGUAGUAGACAAUGAAUAAAAAAUAAACAACGAGAGCUUAAGCUCCAAGUGAUUUUGUAAAUAAAAAUAGUGUGAUUUUAGUUUAUAAAUCUUAAUUUAAAACAAUGCCUGUGUCGCAGCCAAAUGAUUAAAUUAGCCAUUCAAUAAAAUGGCUAUCCACUUUACUAAAGGCACCGUUCAACAGGCGGCCUGAAUGACAUCAGUCAAAUCUUGUGUUUAUGGAAUAAGGACGCUUCUGAAAAUAAGGUUGUUUAUAAACUCGGUGGCCUUUGGGACUACGGGAUGUGCAGCAUUUACUUUUCAUCUUGGGUUUUUUAAAAAACACUAGGGGUGUGUCUAGGGGCCAACAGAAUGUGAUUUAUUCCAUAAAUAAAAAAAAAAAUGAGUAGCAAAUGAAACCUAUUUUAUGAACGGAAAAUGAAUUUGUUGAUGUCGUUAAGACCGCUGCUUGAAAAGCGUUGUAUUAAGCUAAGCGUUUCUUUGAAUGGAAAAUUUAAUAAUUUGAUUGAUACGUAUAUUAAGUAUAUUAUUUAAGUAACAGCGAUUGAAUUAUUUAAAAAUAAACAAUGUCAAAAUUAAUUACGUUAACUAAAAAAAACUUUGCAAUGUCAAAUAAAUCUUUUAUGAUGCAAGUCUUUGGAAAAUUAUUCCAAUUAAUAAUCAUAUAAGAAUAUUGGAAAUUUAAUCCAAUAUAUAAACAAUAAAGAAACAAUGUUCUAUGUUUUAAAUUAAAUGUUAAAUCUGUGCCUGGAAUCCAGAUUAUACAAAUAUUUCUUUGUAUUGGAUUUGAUUAGAAUUGAUAAAUUCUAUUGAUACUUUGUGAUUUUAAUUUGUAACUGAAAUUACUACUAAUGUAAACUUUUAUAAGCUGUGUCUGUGUGUCAUAUGUUUGAUAUAAUUUGUGUUAGUUUUGCUAAAUGUAAUUCGCAUUUCAGAUUUAUAUAACGAUCUUCUGUUUAAAGUUUUUUUUGUAAGAGUUUAUUUUUCUAUGUAAUCCGUUCAAAUUUUGAAUUUAAAAGAGAAAUUGCCCAUUUUUUAUUUAACUUUUGUAAUAUAUUUCCUUUUACUAAAAUUUAAAUUUAUAAACUAUAAUAUAUGGUUAAUUUUGUUUUGAUUUAAGACGGAAUUGUCUUUGAGAGUUUUAAACAUCAAAAAAUCUAAAAUGCUGUUUCGAUUUUGAUAAUGUUGGUUUUAUAAAUAGAUAUACUAUUUUAAGUUUAGAAUAUUAAGAGUAAAUUAUGUGUAGAAAGAUUUAAUUAUAGUUUUUUAAGGCAAAGUUUUACAUUGUGACAAGAAUAUUGUAUGUUAUUGUAAAUAGUUUGUUUUAAGGAUGUGGAAAUAAAGGAUUGAGUAUAA